GAGUCUGAUGAGAGCAGGAGGGUUUGGAAGGCAGUGAUCUGAGUCCUGUUGAGGCAUCCUUCAUCUGACUGAGCCGCAAUGCUGCUCCUGUUGCUGCUGCUCUUUGAAGGAUAUCUCCAGCAUGGAACAAGCCUAGACGCACCCCAGGUCCCAGGACCCCCUGAUCCAGCCACAGAAGAGCCCCUCUCCUUCCGCAUCCUCCAGACCUCCUCCUUUGCCAACAGCAGUUGGGCGUCCUUGCAGGUAUCGGGCUGGCUGGGUGAUCUGCAGACUGAAGGCUGGGACAAGGUCUUGGGCACCAUGAGCUUCCUGCGGCCCUGGUCCCAGGGCAAUUUCAGCUCUGAGGAGCUGAAAAACCUGCAAAAUCUGUUCCUACUCUACUUCCACGGUUUCAUCAUCGAGGUGCAGGCCUUUGCGCACCAGUUUCAGUUUGAAUACCCCUUCGAGCUCCAGGUGUCAGCUGGCUGUACGGAACAUGCUGGGAAGGCCUCGGGAAGCUUCUUGAAUGGGGCUUAUCAAGGCUCAGAUUUUCUGAGUUUCCAAGGGAACUCCUGGCAGCCAUCUCCAGGAGCUGGGAGUCGGGCUCAGAAGGUCUGUGCGGUGCUCAGCAACUACCUAGAUAUUAAGGAAAUCGUGCAGACCCUUCUCAGCCACACCUGCCCUCGGUUUCUGGCAGGAAUCCUUGAAGCAGGGAGGUCAGAACUGGAACGACAAGUGAAGCCCGAGGUUUGGGUGUCCCGUGGCCCCAGUCCCGGUCCCGGCCGUCUGCUGCUGGUGUGCCACGUCUCCGGCUUCCACCCAAAGCCUGUGUGGGUGAUGUGGAUGCGGGGUGAGCAGGAGCAGCGGGGCACCCAGCAAGGCGAUGUCCUGCCUAAUGCUGAUGAGACGUGGUAUCUCCGAGUGACCCUGGAUGUGGCGGCCCAGGAGGCAGCUGGCCUGUCCUGCCAAGUGAAGCACAGCAGUCUGGGAGGCCAGGACAUAAUCAUCCACUGGGGAGGUGGAAACUCAGUCCUGCUGACACUGCUCUGUCUGGUGGUGAUAGUUACCCUGCUCCUGCUGCUUGUAAGGCACUCCUGCUUUAAAAAGCACAGCUCAAGUCGGAAGGCCCUGGCGCCCCCUACCCCCAGCCCUGACUCCCCCAUAGGGGCUGAUGCCCAGGGGCCCAGGACUCCUGGACACCAGCUCUACAUGCCACAGGAAUCGUGGAUCAAGAAUAGAUUUUUAGAGAAAUGGAAAACAAGCCUAAACCAGCUCUGGCAACAUUAGUUUUACCUCACACAUAAAAUCCUUUUCUGCUUCUUAAACAUGGUUUAUACCUAUAAAUAAAGCAUAAUUUUGAUAAAAUGGCUUGUUGUGGCAGAAAUCUUGACCGCUUUGGAAACUUGUUUUAUUUUUUGCCCCAUCUUCUAGCAAUAUCUUUUCUGCUUUGGCCACAUGUUCAUUGCUGCUGAUCCUUCAGACUCUAAUUCAGAUGCUUCUUUCUCAUGGAAUCUUCCCUGCCUUGCCCAAUUGAAAGCUGUUCUGUACUUCCAAAAUUGGAUAGAUCAUCCUAAAUAUGUUCAUCUCUUCCUACUCUGAACAGUGGUUAUCCAUAUUUUUGUUUUUCUGUUUUUUUCUCAGUUGCUUAAAAGCAGGAUGUAGGUGUUUAUAAUGGUACCUAUGACCCAAACAAAGCCUGACCUGGAUUCAGGGCCAGCUUCAUGGGCAUGUCAUCUAUGCAGUGUUUGCUGUCUUGAAAUCCUUAAUAAAACUUGGAGAUACUGUAUUUUCAUUCUGGACUCACCCCACAAAAUAUGUAGGUGGUUCAGCGUAAAGUGUUUCUCAUUAAAUUCUGCCUGAAAUAAA